AUGGCGACUCCAUCAGUUAACAGGGCCGGAGGUAAGAGUUUUAAUUAAGCAAUCACUUUCCUUGUUUUCACCCUGUUUCCCAGAGGACCUCUUAAUGCUGAGCCACAUUAAAAUCAAACAGGAAACACAACAAAACAACAGCACAGAGCCUAACAGAACCGUAAUGAACACUGUUCUGGAUCUUGUCACUGGGGCAGGAGAGAUUCAGGGGGAGGGAGUGAGAGACUGAGUUUAAAUGGCUUUAGGCCUUUCCUACCCCGACAUGGAAAGUCUUCUGUGGAGUUUUGCAGGGGAUUGGCUAUAUGGCUCACUACAGGAACACAGCCGUGUGGCCUGGAGCAGACUGAGGCAGUCAGAGAGGGAGAGCUCUCAGGUUGGUUGUUGUUGGAAACAGCCUAGUAUUUUUGUAAGGCAGGAGGGGAGAAGGCAGGGGCAGGAGGGCAGCGGCAGGAUUUACAGACGAAUUUGGAACAGUCAGAGUGAAUGAAGAAUGCUACGGGGAAGGAGACAGGGAGCGAGGGAAACAAAAUCAUAGAAGGUGCAUUUAUCUCGGGCUGUGCUGGAGGUAGUCUGUUAAUGAACAACAGGUAAAUAUGACCUGCCAUGGUCCUGGCUCAGGACACACAGACAGGAAGGACAGGAAUGGAAAGCCUAGAUACUAUACUGUGUACGAAAGGAGGGGAGGGUGGUUCGAGGUGAUUACAUUGGAUGCCAGUCUCGUUCUCUUCUCCUGGAGAGACUUCCUAGUGGAACAGAUCUGUGCUGCUCGGCCCACAUUCAUGUUCAUGGAAAAGCAGCAGUUAGUUCCCCCUCUUCAUGGCCCCCUUCAGCCCAGUCUGAUGACAGAGGACCAUGCCAAAUAUUGGACUGGAAGCCCGCUCAAACAUUCUCCCACAUUCUCUCACAUUUCCACCGUCCACGCAUAGCUAUGUGCCGUAUGCAUUUCUUAUGAAUGCAUUUACGGCAAAAUAUUUCCUUUGCAUUUAGCAAAUGCAUAGCUGCCUUUUCCUCAGCCCAACUUCAACAUGGUAUUUUAUCUCUCUACAAAACAGAAAACCUGAGAUGCAAUGAAACCAAAGGGUCUUGCUCAAUGCACUUGACAUUAACAUAAGAUAUGUAACUAUCCAGAGCUAUCAUAGAUCCAGAAGUAACAGCAGUUUCGCUGUGGUUUAGUAGGGUUAGCCGUGACAGUGCUGGGCCUGGGCUGCAGGAUACCGACGGGUCAGCUGGAGAGAGCAGAGAGGAAGUCAGCCCAGCUGGGCCCGCAGGCAGGCAGGCAGGCAGAGGGGUGGAGGGUGCAGCGGCCCGUCUGUGUGUGCUUGUGUUGGCAGGCCUCCCACUCAGCACACAUCCAUCUAUCCAUCCCCCUUUCUUUUUAUCUUCUGCCUUCCUGUCUCUCUCAGCGUGUCUGUCAGGCUGUGAGAGAAUUGUGUGUUUUUCUGAGUGAGGAUUUGGUACCUAAGCUCAGACCCAGACUCAGACCCCUACCCCACUACACCCCACCCACAAUCAGGGCCCUUCCUGCCUGCUCUCGCUCAGCUCUCUACUGCCUCCCACAGGUCUCCACACACACCACACCCAGUCAUAUCAAAUGUCUAGAUGUCUAGAACAGUGUUUCCCAACCCUGGUCACCAGUACCCACAACAUUCCACAUUUCUAUUGUAACCCUGGACAAGUACACCAGAUUCAACUUGUCAACUAAUCAUCAAGCCCUCAAUGAGCUGAAUGAGGUGUGUUUGUCCAGGGCUACAACAACAAUGUGUACAGUUGGGGGUACUGGAGGACCAGGGUUGGGAAACACUGGUCUAGAAAGCAAGUAUGCAUCCGCUAGUCCUGCAAUUUUCUAGACGAUUGAUUUGUACAUAGCAAUUGAAAAUGUUGUUUUGUAUUCAUUCUUCAAGCCGUUGUGUUAACAAACCGUUGGGCUAACUGACAUAAAUGGAGGGUGAGCUAGAAUGUGGAUUCUAGGCCAGGGCAGAGGGCUGCUUGGUGAUUGGCCAUCUUCCUUCUAUCCCUGGUAUCAACCCGGCACAGUGGCAGAGACUCUAUUGAUGUGGAAAUCCUCUUAGCUGGGCAGAGCAGCGCAGCAGAGAGAGAGGCAGCAGCUGGCGGACUACUCCACAGUGCAGCAGACCUCCACAACCUCCCUCCACACACAGCACAGAAUGACACAGUGAUUUACUCAGAACACAACACCAAGCCUCAGAGUCAUCACUGCAGCAUCUCCAACUCACACUGCGCGCCUGUGUAAUGCAAAGAGACAUCGCAUUGCCCGCCUUUUUAUGUAUUUACAUAUGGAGUGGUGGUGAAUGGGAUACUGUAGGUCUGUCUGUGUUUGUGUGUGUGGAGAGAUAUUUUGUGUAUGUGUGGAGAGAUAUUUUGUGUAUGUGUGGAGAGAUAUUUUGUGUAUAUGUGGAGAGAUAUUUUGUGUAUGUGUGGAGGGUUAUUUUGUGUAUGUGUGGAGGGAUAUUUUCCUUGUUGUUUGAUCCCUCUUUUUCACAGUCAUUGUCUCAAGUGCUCACUGUGCAGAUGGGAAUUAUGGAGCUGCAGACUCAAAUAACCUCUGGGCUAUAGCCUAUACAGUGGGGAAAAAAAGUAUUUAGUCAGCCACCAAUUGUGCAAGUUCUCCCACUUAAAAAGAUGAGAGAGGCCUGUAAUUUUCAUCAUAGGUACACGUCAACUAUGACAGACAAAAUUAGAAAAAGAAAUCCAGAAAAUCACAUUGUAGGAUUUUUAAUGAAUUUAUUUGCAAAUUAUGGUGGAAAAUAAGUAUUUGGUCACAUACAAACAAGCAAGAUUUCUGGCUCUCACAGACCUGUAACUUCUUCUUUAAGAGGCUCCUCUGUCCUCCACUCGUUACCUGUAUUAAUGGCACCUGUUUGAACUUGUUAUCAGUAUAAAAGACACCUGUCCACAACCUCAAACAGUCACACUCCAAACUCCACUAUGGCCAAGACCAAAGAGCUGUCAAAGGACACCAGAAACAAAAUUGUAGACCUGCACCAGGCUGGGAAGACUGAAUCUGCAAUAGGUAAGCAGCUUGGUUUGAAGAAAUCAACUGUGGGAGCAAUUAUUAGGAAAUGGAAGACAUACAAGACCACUGAUAAUCUCCCUCGAUCUGGGGCUCCAGAUCCAGAUCUCACCCCGUGGGGUCAAAAUGAUCACAAGAACGGUGAGCAAAAAUCCCAGAACCACACGGGGGGACCUAGUGAAUGACCUGCAGAGAGCUGGGACCAAAGUAACAAAGCCUACCAUCAGUAACACACUACGCCGCCAGGGACUCAAAUCCUGCAGUGCCAGACGUGUCCCCCUGCUUAAGCCAGUACAUGUCCAGGCCCGUCUGAAGUUUGCUAGAGUGCAUUUGGAUGAUCCAGAAGAGGAUUGGGAGAAUGUCAUAUGGUCAGAUGAAACCAAAAUAGAACUUUUUGGUAAAAACUCAACUCGUCGUGUUUGGAGGACAAAGAAUGCUGAGUUGCAUCCAAAGAACACCAUACCUACUGUGAAGCAUGGGGGUGGAAACAUCAUGCUUUGGGGCUGUUUUUCUGCAAAGGGACCAGGACGACUGAUCCGUGUAAAGAAAAGAAUGAAUGGGGCCAUGUAUCAUGAGAUUUUGAGUGAAAACCUCCUUCCAUCAGCAAGGGCAUUGAAGAUGAAACGUGGCUGGGUCUUUCAGCAUGACAAUGAUCCCAAACACACCGCCCGGGCAACGAAGGAGUGGCUUCGUAAGAAGCAUUUCAAGGUCCUGGAGUGGCCAGUCUCCAGAUCUCAACCCCAUAGAAAAUCUUUGGAGGGAGUUGAAAGUCUGUGUUGCCCAGCGACAGCCCCAAAACAUCACUGCUCUAGAGGAGAUCUGCAUGGAGGAAUGGGCCAAAAUACCAGCAACAGUGUGUGAAAACCUUGUGAAGACUUACAGAAAACGUUUGACCUGUGUCAUUGCCAACAAAGGAUAUAUAACAAAGUAUUGAGAAACUUUUGUUAUUGACCAAAUACUUAUUUUCCACCAUAAUUUGCAAAUAAAUUCAUUAAAAAUCCUACAAUGUGAUUUUCUGGAUUUUUAAAUUUUAUUUUGUCUCUCAUAGUUGACGUGUACCUAUGAUGAAAAUUACAGGCCUCUCUCAUCUUUUUAAGUGGGAGAACAUGCAUAAUUGGUGGCUGACUAAAUACUUUUUUCCCCCACUGUAUAUGUAACAUAACAAAGCUUAUUGUGCAGUCUGAGAGAAAUCCUUAUUGUGCAGUCGGAGUGAAUUGCAUGGGCAUAACAAGGAUCAACAGAAGUCAGUCUCUCCUCUCUCUAAGAACUACUUCUUGAUGGGGUCAUUUGAAAUCAGUGUAUCUAUCAUUGCCCAUUUCUUAUCCAGCUGUCCAACCAUCCCGUCAUCUCCAUAUGGUUUGUGUACCAACACCAUUUACCACCUGAGGCCCAGAACAUGCACAGCCCUAGUCCAUGAUCCUCAUCUCUUCCGGCUCCAGCUCCAGCUUCAGCCCCAGUCUUUCUCCCCAGACCCCACCCCACCCCAGCCUUCAAGCCCCAGCUCCAGCUCCAAUUUUAGCCUCCAGCAGGGGACUCAGGGGAGGGCUGGGGCCAUGUUUUCUGGUGAUACAUUAAUAGGCAUUAUACCCUCUGUGGGAUAAGCUCCACAGGGAGGGCAUAAUCUUGGCAAUGACUUUGAGGAGGGAAAAGGCUGUCAGUGCUCCUCCUCCAGCCUGCCGUGAAUGUUAACAUGCUCUGGGCCCGGGCUGGGCUGGGCUGGGCUGGGCUGUGAGGUGCCAAUGUCAGUCUACUGUAACUGUCUGACCUCAAAUGUCCAAAGCCUAUUAUGCCUAUACCAUUUGUCAUAAUAAUAGAAUUAGGAGCAGUUUAUCAAUUCUAUAUACUGUAUGUUAAUAAAACAUAUUGUAUUCCCUCUGGAAAUCUGUACCAGGCAUUGCCUUGUCUCUUGUUAGUUUUUUCUGGAGAAUUCUUAGCAUAUUAAUUAUUAUUACUGGGCCAGGUAAGGCUAUGACACUUUAACCUGGAGACAGAACCACAUAGAUAAACAAGUAGUGCACUACUGAUACACCUCAUCUGAGGGGUUUCCUUUCCACUGUAAAACUGUGAGAGAACUGUGUGCGAAUCAUCAUAAAAGUGAGCCCAUCUAUGGAUUGGGGUUAUUUAUGGCACUAUCUAUGGGCUAUGCAAAUCAAAGAAAACCUUUGAAUAGGUUAUUUUUAUGCUGCCAUCCAAUGUACCUUGUGUGGGUAAUCCCCUUUCCUUGAUACCUGCAUUUACAAACAAGAUAAAAUAUUUACCUCUUCUUUCACCUGACAUCGGAAGUGAACUUUUUAUCACAGCUUAGUUUAAACCACUCCUCUUCUAUUCCUCCAAAUCUGGCAGCCCAAAAAAAGGGAUGCCUCAGAGAAGCCUGAUACUGUAUAAGGACCAUAUGUAAGCCGGUGGGCCAACGGUAGACCAACAGAACGGCACGGCUGCUAGUCAGGCAUCCCAAAGGCCUAAUACAAGGCUUUUAACUGAACACACAACUCUAAUGGCCAUGCCUCCACAUCUACAGCGGCAGAAGUCAUGUCAUUUUGGGUCUGUUAAGUUGGCUGUUUAGUUUGGAUCCUUCUGUUUACUUAGCCACUGCUUGCACCAGUACUGUGGCAAGUUCUGGUAGGGAAAAGUCAGUGACACACAUGGUGGUAGCUAAUCCCAAUGGCACCAUCAAGUUCCCACCACAACCCAUAAAUGUCCCCCUCUCCUGCCCUCCGUCCCUGUUUCCCACAAAACCCAGCCCAGACUGGCCCCGUCCCCAUCCCAGUGCCCUCUGAGUGGUGCGGCUGGUUGGGGCUGGUUCCUCUCAUCUCGCAGGCCCAUUAGCCCACACUGAUGCUGACACAGGGGAGACACAGUUAGCCAGGCCUGUUAGAUGAAUGGCUGCUCCGCCGCCCCACCACGCCACGCCCCGCCCCGCCAUGUGUUCCUCUCUCUCUGUGGUGAAUGAUCAUUAGCCCUGCGGCGGGCUGUCCUCCCCGGCUCCGGCUCCAUCCACCAGCCUGCGGCCAUCCCCUACUCUCCUCCUCUGUUCCCCCGCUCCAGGGAGCCACAGCGCUGUGAUAUUAGGAGUAUAAUUAUGAUUUUAUGGAAAGCCAGGUGACAACAGAGCCGUGUGUCUCUCAGAGGAAAGGAGGGUAUAUAGAUAGAUAGACACUCUGCUGUGUGUGGACAUACAUGCUGGCUGCAGGCAAAGCUUUUGUUUUCAGGAGGAUUAUAUUUUCUAAAAGAUAAUACGCUCAAUACAAAGGGUCCUAUGUUAUGGAUUGGUUCUCCACACUCUCAUUUUUUUGAAGUUGCUUGCUAAGCUUUCGAUCGGCUCUGCCCGCUCUCUUUCUCUCUCUCUCUUUCUCCCUCUCAGUUGUUUCAGUCCCUGUGGAAAAGUUGUUGGUUUUGCUUAUAUUCUUCCAAGACACAAUCAUCAAGGACAGUUUAGAAAAUCUAAUGAUUCCAUUUUCAUGUAAUUAUGAUGCUGUGUGAAUGUGCUCCAUUUUAAUGACCAUAUUUCAUGUGGAACGUUUGCUGUGUGAGCUGGUAACAGAUGGCUCAGCAGAAAGUAUAUUUGAACUAUCAAAUUACUUGCUUUCUACAUAGUGUGGCUGUCUGAUGAGGCACUCGAAGUGAACUGAUUUCUUGUGAGUGGGAUGAUAAUCUUGCCACCUCCCUCUCUUCUCCCCUCCCAUGUCCACAGGCAUUAUCCACCAGAUGAAAGGAGACUAUGAGACUGCACUGAAACUCCACAAAACCCACCUCUCCAUCACCCAGGAGCUCAGUGACUAUGCUGCCCAAGGCCGGGCCUACGGUAACAUGGGUAACGCCUACAACGCGCUGGGGGCCUUUGACCAGGCCGUACGCUACCACCGCCAGGAGUUACAGAUCUCCAUGGAGGUCAAUGACCGGGCCUCCCAAGCCUCCACCCAUGGUAACCUGGCCGUGGCCUACCAGGCUCUGGGGGCCCACGACCGCGCCCUGCAGCACUACCAGAACCACCUUAAUAUCGCCCGUGAGCUGCGAGACGUCCAGAGCGAGGCUCGCGCCCUCGGCAACCUGGGGAACUUCCACUGCUCCCGGGGAGAGUUUCCCCAAGCCGUGCCCUACUACGAGCAGUACCUCCGCUUGUCCCCUGACCUCCAGGACAUGGAGAGUGAGGGGAAAGUCUGCCACAACUUGGGCUACGCCCACUACUGCCUGGGAAGCUACCAGGACGCUGUCAAGUACUAUGAGCAGGACCUGGCUCUGGCUAAGGACCUGCAUGACAAGCUGAGCCAGGCCAAGGCCUACUGUAACCUGGGACUGGCCUUCAAGGCUCUGGGUGACUUCACCAAGGCAGAGGAGUGUCAGAAGUACCUGCUCUCUCUAGCCCAGUCUCUUAAUAAUGCACAGGCCCGCUUCAGAGCCCUGGGAAACCUGGGGGACAUCUUUGUCUGCAGGAAGGAUGUGACCGGAGCUAUCCAGUUCUAUGAGCAGCAGCUCGCCCUGGCUCACCAGGUGAGAUUCUCAGGCUCCUGUUUUUAAUUUGUCAUAGUCACAGGAAAGGUCUCCACUUUGUCUGCAUACAGUAAGAGAGAUUAACAUUAUAUACUGUAAGUCCAGCACUCCACUGAUUUAGCAAGGCAGGGCUGUUUAUGUAAUGCUGUUGCUGUUGUAGAUUUGCUGAUGCACUGAAAUCCUAUCUGUGCUUUGUUUCAGGUGAAGGAGCGCAGGAUGGAGGCGUGUGCCUAUGCUGCCCUGGGUGCCACCUACAGACUAGUGCAGAAGUACGACAAGGCGCUGGGCUACCACACCCAGGAGCUGGAGGUGUACCAGGAGCUGGGCGAUGUGCCCGGGGAGUGUAAAGCCCACGGCCACCUGGCAGCCGUCUACAUGGCUCUGGGGAAGUACGCCAUGGCCUUCAAGAGCUACGAGGAGCAGCUAGAGCUGGGCCACAGACUGAAGGACCCGGGGGUAGAGGCCCAGGUCUACGGCAACAUGGGCAUCACCAAGAUGAACGUAGGGGUGAUGGAGGAGGCUAUAGGCUACCUGGAGCAGCAGCUGGCCACCCUCCAGCAGCUGAGUGGCAACGAGGCCGUGCUGGACCGGGGUAGGGCCUAUGGUAACCUGGGAGACUGUUACGAGGCCCUAGGGGACUUUGAAGAGGCCAUUAAAUACUAUGACCAGUACCUUUCUGUGGCCCAGAGCCUGAACCGCAUGCAGGACCAGGAGAAGGCCUACCGAGGCCUGGGGAAUGGACACAGGUCAGUGACAUCUCUCAGUAGCCCCGACUAGCCAUUCUUAGAAAUCUGUAACGUGACUGGUUAUAGCUCCCUAUCAGGUCACUAAGUAGGUAAAUUAUGCUUAUUUAGAUGAUGUGCCCAUGGGGGCCUCGACUCUCAGGGAGCCCCCAUUGAUUUUGUUGAGUCACUCAGGUAUCAUAUGAACACACAUAAAACAUGGCAAAAUGUGUAGUAUUGCAAGAAAAAGCUUAAAAACAGCAACAUUUUCUUUCUGCCAAAAAGAGGGGUGUGAACAGUUUGGGGUCGCAUCAGUGGGGGUUUGUUACUACGCCGAUAAAGACAAUAUCCAUCCGGAACUUUGCCACCUAGGACAUUUGUGUGACCGAACCUUCUCAAAUAGUAGUUGAGUACCCCUGCCCUGUUUUCUAACUGAAUGAGUUACUUAGAUACUGUUCUAGGUAAGCUGUGCUAUCUGUCCAAAUUACCUCUUCUUGAAGUAGUGAUUGGACUAAAGUGUCACUAAAGGAUUGGCUUGGGUAGACAUGGUGUCUCUGCAGCACAGAAACACUGCUUUAGCUCUAUAAUGAACAUCUGUGGUUGGAUGAAAAGCCAUGAAAUCUCUUACUGGCUGUAUGAACAGCUAAUAUCUUAAUCAAAGAUGAAGAGUACUGCUGAUGGAAGUAUAUAUACAACUUUAAUUUGUAUUUUUCUCUGUUGAAUAACAUUUAAAAGCAAGGCGUCAUAUUUCAAAUACACUCCUAAGCCACCGUUGCGAGCAGAAAGCCAUUCUGCCUUUGAAUAAGUUGCCGAUAUCAAUUUCCUCUGGUUGUUGCGGUGACAGAUUUUUUGCUUUGACGGGGUAUUACUAAUAAUCAUAGUAAUCCUACUUUGCAUAAUCUUUUUUAUUUUUGUGCCUGCUGCUGUUUUCCUGCUUGUGUUGGCGCUUGCACUUCCAGGACCACCGUAGUUUAAAGACACCUUGACGGUCGGUGCUAGCUGCUUCAGAACUGAGCCUACUGGCCCCCAGCUGAUCUGUAUGCAAAGAGCCUGCAGUUAAUUCGAGACAACUUUUUAUAUUCUGUCUCUUUUCUUCGCUCUCUCUCUCCCCUGUGUGCGUCUGAGAGCUGAUAACAUCCUGUGAGAAUACGGUGCGAAACAAAACGUGGCGGCAGCAAUGGAAUCUUCAUUUCAGAGAUGAUUUUUCCCCUUAGUGUGCAUCAUUAACAUGCCACCAUAACAAUCAGACAGAACCCUGCAUUAGUCAUGCAUGAGCUAAGAGGUGAAGAAUAUACAUCAGACUCCUACCCUCCUCACUUCCUCUCACUCUCUUUCUCUCUCUCUUUUUCUCUCUUUCUCUUUCUGUCUCUCUGUCUCUCUCUCGCUCUCGCUCUCGCUCUCUCGCUCUCUGUUCCAGAGCCUUUACUCAACCAGCUCACAUUAAAACAGAACAUGAAUGAAGUUCAAGCCUUUUAUUCUUUAAUGGUCCUUUUCAAAUGACAUCCGGCAGUUGUUGCUCCGCCUGAAAAUUGUCUAUUUGCAGGGUUUCUGCAGUGUGUGCAGAGUGUUCUAGAGAACAAAACCUGGGUAUGAAUGCAGGUCUUAGUCAAUGUGUAGGCCUAUUCACAGAGAGAGACAGAACCUGUAUCAUCCAUGUGACAUCCCUCCAAUCUAGCCAAGUGGAGGGUGAAUUAUUUUAUCUAGCACCCCCCAACCCAUUGCAUCAUUACCCCAUCAGCCCUGCCUCAUUCCCCUGCAGCCCAUCUCUUCCCCCCUACACACACACACACACACACACACACACACACACACACACACACACACAGUCCUCAGAGAGUCUGCCGUGCUUUUUGUUGGGAAUCUGAAAAUUAAUUCCCACUGAAACGAUGCAGAGCUUAGCAAAUGGCAAAUGUGAUGUGUGUUUCUCAUUCUUCCCUAAUAGCACAAUGUGGCCAUAUGUGGAGAUUAGAUAAUAGCUGUUCUACUAUCCCCCUGAUAGGAGAUAAGCAGAGAGAUGAACAGGGUUACUGUGAGAGGAGUGCACUUGGAGGACACAGUCUCUGUGGCACGAGUCUGUUUGUUCAUAUUGAGGAGCAGAUGGCAAUUACAUGACGUUCUAGUAGGCAUAUAAUAUAUUCUACCCAUCUCUGUCCAUGCCUGCCCAGUUCACCGUGCAUAUCUCUGUUCCUGCCUGCCCAGUUGACCCUGCAUAUCUCAGUCCUUCCCCUACUGUUUGACUCCCCCUCGUCCGGCCCUGACUCUCUGUGUCUCCCCCUGCAGGGCGAUGGGUAACCUGCAGCAGUCCCUGGUGUGUUUUGAGAAGCGUCUGGUGGUGGCCCAUGAGCUGGGGGAGUGUGGAGGGAAGGCCCAGGCUUACGGAGAGCUGGGGGCGCUCCACAGCCAGCUGGGGAACUAUGAACAGGCCAUCUCCUGUCUGGAGCGCCAGCUAGGCAUUGCCCGCGACACCCAGGACCGAUCACUAGAGGGCGACGCCAGCUGCGGCCUGGGUGUGGUCUACCAGUCCAUGGGAGAGUAUGAGACGGCCCUGCGCUGCCACCAGAGUGACCUGGAGAUCGCAGAGGAGACGGGCAGUCCCGCCCGACAGGGCCGUGCCUAUGGCAACCUGGGCCUCACCUAUGAGUCGCUAGGCAACUAUGAGCGUGCAGUGGUGUUCCAGGAGCAGCAUCUGAGUGUUGCAGCUCAGACCAACGACCUGGCGGCCAAGACCCUGGCCUACGGCAGCCUGGGGAGGACACACCACGCACUGCAGAACUACUCACAGGCUGUCAUGUACCUGCAGGAA